AUGUCGAACUACGGCUCCCACACCAACGGCACUGAGCUGGUCAGCGACUUCAGCGCCAGGGUGGACGGGCGCACGUUCCUCAUCACCGGGCCCAGCCAGGGCGGCAUCGGCGCCGAGACGGCCGUGUCCCUCGCCCAUGCCAAGCCCGCCAUGCUCAUCCUGCUCGGCCGCUCGCUCGAGCGCAUCCAGCCCGUUAUUGACGCCGUCCGCGCCCUCAACACCUCGGUCCAGGUCAAAUUUGUGCUCGUCGACCUCGCAUCCCUGGACAGCGUGCGCGAGGCCGCCGACACCAUCCUCGCCGACGCCUCCAUCCCCCACAUCGACGUCGUUAUCAACAACGCCGCCCUCAUGGCCUGCCCCUUCGAGCUCAGCAAAGACGGCCUCGAGAUGCAGCUGGCCGCCGGCUUCCUCGGCCACUUCGUGCUGACCAACCGCCUGCUCCCCAAGAUCCUGGCCGCCCCGCCCGGCGCCCGCAUCGUUAAUGUCUCGAGCAUCGGCAACAGGGCCGGCGGCAUCCGCUGGGACGACCCCAACUUCACCGCCGAGACCCCGGACAAGUACGACACGUGGGCCGCCUACGGCCAGGCCAAGACGGCCUGCGUGCUCUACUCGAUCGAGCUGAACCGCCGCCUGUCCAAGUCGACCCCCGGCGUCCGCUCCUACUCCCUGAACCCGGGAGCCGUCGGCACCAACCUCGGCCGCACCCUGACUCCCGAACUCAUCAGGAUCGCCACCAUCAGAAUCAUGGGCAGGGAGGACUACAUGCCCGCCUUCAAGACCCUCCAGCAGGGCUGCGCCACCACACUACGCGCCGCCCUCGACCCUACCCUCGAGGCCGAGGACGGCGUCUACCUCAACGACUGCCAGCUGACCACGGACCCGGCCUGGAUCGCCCCCUGGGCCCUGGACGCUGCCGCCGCGCCGCGGCUGUGGGCGCUGGCUGAGGGCCUGGUCGGGGAGAAAUUUGACAUUUGA